AUGACGCUAUUUGACCAAACGCAUCGACCGCGUACAACGCCUGCUCUUUUUGAUGGAUCUGCAUUAGACCCCUUAAACACCGUAAUACCUAAAGUGCCAACCAUCACAAUACCGCCUGAAUGGAAAGCUGAAGAAAAUGAACCUGAUAAUAAUGUCGAUUUUACAACAAACAUAUCUUUGAUCAAGCGAGACAGGAAAAGUAGAUAUACAGCUAAUGUACGCAAUCGAAGUUCUAGCGGUGACAAAAAAAUAGGAGAAUAUCGUACGAGGCCAAAACAUUGGGUUUCGGUGGAGCAUUUGAAUGAACUUCGAAACCAAGCAGAAGUGGCAAUUAAACAACACAAGGUAUUCAUGAUUCGAGGUGGAUUUCAUUCUUUAAGAAAAGCUUUGCUUAAAAGAGGUUGGGUUGAAAAAAUAGACCCAAACAAAUCGCCAAGAUCUUUGUGUCCCGUUCAAAGUUGUUCGGAAGUUACAGUUGGUGAUUUAACUGAUGAUCUACCACGCCGUAAGCCAGGAGAAUCAAUGUCAGCACAUAAUGAUAAAUGCACUAGGAUGAUCUUGAAUAAAUUUCUUGCACACACUCCUGUAGAUUUUUAUUGGAUUAUGCGAAGAGAAAGGAUAGACCUAAACACAUGUCGCAAUAUGACUUGCAGUCGCUUUCAAUAUGUUCCGUUCACAAACAAAGAAGGUUUGUGCAAUUCAUUGCGUGAUAUUCAUUGGCAUUAUGAAGAAGGUAUUGCAGAUAUACGAUUUCCUAGAUGUUAUAAUAUUUGGAUGGGCGAAGAAUUUGAAGAAUUUACUGAAGAUUUUCGAUUGACAGCCUGUAUCAGCUUAUUGAAAUGGAUUGUCACGAAUGUUGAUGCAAAAGGUGAACGUUCAGUUUGUUCUUCGGAAGGCCAGGUACCUUAUUCGACAAUCCAUUUCGCAAUGAAACGAUGCGAUGAAUUUUUGGCGAGUCGUAAGCAUGUAGAUCUAGAUGAUGACAAGGUAACGCCUACUAUUUGGGAGCAUGAAUGGGAUCAAUUUUUGCGAAAUCAACACUUACUAACACAUGAAAAUGCCAAAAUAAUGGAAGAUAAAAAUUGUUCCAUAAAUGUUCUGCAAGCUGCUUCUAAAAAUACUAUAUCAAUUUUUCAAAAACAUUGGCCUCAGAUGGAUAUUGACGGUAUGAUGAAUAUAUGGAUUGUUAAACCAGGAAACAAAUGUAGAGGUCGAGGAAUACGAUUAAUGAAUAAUAUUAAAGACAUAGCAUCGAUAAUAGACUGCCCAUUAGUACCUAGAGCCAAAUACAUAGUUCAAAAGUACAUUGAAAAACCCUUAAUAAUACAUUCAACUAAAUUCGAUAUUCGGCAAUGGUUUCUAGUAACGAGCGUGCAACCACUGAUGGUGUGGAUGUAUAAAGAAAGCUAUCUAAGGUUUAGUUCUCAGCAAUUUGACUUAGAAAAUUAUCAUGAAUCAGUUCAUUUAACAAAUAAUGCGGUACAAUGCAAGUAUAAAAAUGGAAAACGAGAUACGGCUCUGCCCGAUGAAAACAUGUGGGAUAAUCAAACUUUUCAAAAUUAUUUAAAAUCGAUAGGUCAAACUGAAAUGUGGAAUGAAAAGAUUUAUCCCGGAAUGCGGCAGGCUAUCGUCGCCGCUCUGUUAUCCAGCCAGGAGAAUAUGGAUAGAAGACCUAAUACAUUUGAAUUAUUUGGUGCGGAUUUUAUGCUGUCAGAAGAUUUUUCGCCGUGGCUGCUAGAAAUAAAUUCAAGUCCGGAUAUGGCGCCAACGACAAGUGUCACUGCACGGUUAUGUCCGCAAUGUCUAGAAGAUGUAAUUAAAGUUACUAUUGAUCGCAAGGCUGAUAUCAAAGCAAGCACUGGUAAUUUCGAGUUGAUAUAUAGUCAGAAAAUGCCUCGAGCACCAGCUUACCUGGGCCAACAUUUAAUUGUACGUGGCCAUCGAAUGAUUCGUCCUCAAAAAUCAGGAACCAAUCGCAAAGAACCACCUAGCUCUUCUAGUUUUAAUAUCGAUCAAAUAUCAGGAGCAAGAACAUGGGACAGAAAAUUGGAAAGCUCAUCUGAACAUAUUAGGCCAGUGAUCGGUGAUUUCAUAGAAUAUUUGAAAAGUAAAUCAGAUAUUUCAGCCAUGGUCGAAGAAUCUAAUGGAAGUGAGGCCAAUGUAGGCUAUUCAUUCGAGCAGCCCAUAGAACAAGAACAAGACAAAAAGAAAAAAAGAAAAGGGGUAUUUUUAAAUAGUGAUUUUUCUGAUAAUCUAAGUGAUGAUGACAAUAUUUGUGUAAAUGACAAUGAUUACAAUAGUGAUUUUAAUUUAAUAAAUAACAGUGUAUGGGAACGCAAUACUGCAAGUAUUCUUGACGUAAGCACACCUUUCAAAAAUAGACGAAUUGGUUAUAAUAGCGCACUGCAAACCCCUUCAACAGCCUUUGUUCGGACAAACAAAGAAAAUCUGUCUAUUUCUUCACAAUUACGAGCUUCAACAUCUCAUUUAAUUUCCUCAAAAAAAGCAGGUCACUAUGGACAAGGAGAUGGAGGGCACGCAAGUUUACUGGCAGUCGGAUUAAUUGUUCGCAAAAAGUCUAAACGAUUGGCAACCGAAAAAAGUACGGCAAAGAAAAAAUUAUCAAAAACAGGAAAAACCGACGCAGCAACGCUUUUGGAAUCAUGCAGCGUAAAGGCAACAAAUGCUAUAGAAAUUCCGCAAAACUCGAUAAUAGUAACAGGUAAACCGCAGCUUAAUAUAUCGAAAGUGACCCCGACACCUCCGGAGCCGGUUUUCAAAGCACUUCAGCCACUAAGUACAUUGACUAACAUUAGCGCUGCAUCAAGAAUAGUUAGUAUUCCAAACCCAUUAGUACAAUCGACACCUCCAUCAUUAGAAUCAAAAAUGUUGAACAGUAAGUAG